CGGCGGCGGCGUAGCUUGGGCGAGCGAGGCGGCGCCCGCACCGUGGAGCAGGGACCGCGGGGGGCGCCCGCGCUGAGAGCAGCAGGAGGAGGGGCUGGAGAAGGACGCGCAGCGGUGCCCUGCCCGGGAAAGUAAAGUUGGAGCCGGAGGCUGCGCGUGGGGGUCCGGAGGAGCAGCGGCCCGCACUCCGGGGUGCCGGGCCGUAGCCGGCCGAAUGGGAGGCAGAACUCCCGGGCUGCCGCCUGCAGCCUGCGCCUCGGCCGGGUGCCGGGGCCGCGGAGCCGCUGGGGGCCGCCCGCUCGGGCGCCGCGUCGCUGUGGUUUCGCGGCUGGGGCGCUCCUGGUGAGCGGGGGCCGAGGGCGGGGCCACGCGAGGACCCUGGGACCUGCCCCCUCCCCCCCGCCGCCGCGUCGCCGUUUGCUCCGGGCGCCUCCUGCUCUGCACUAACGCGCGCGGCAGCUGCGGGGAGCCGGGUAGCCACGCUCUCCGGCGCGCCGCUCGCCGGCCGAGCCACCACGGCCGAGGGCCGGCUGCGGGGAGCUUCGGACCCCGGCGGGCGCGCCGGAGGAGCAGGUGGCGAUGCGGACGCCGACACAAGCUGGGGGGCUGCGGAGCUGCCGCAGCUGCGUCCUGGCUCCAGGCGGGCACGCGUAGCUCGCCGGAGGACCAUGGCGUCCCCGGCGCUGGCGGCGGCUCUGGCGGCGGCGGCGGCAGUGGUGGGCCCCAACGCAAGCAGCGCCGGCGAGGGGGGCGGCAGCGGAGCUGCCAACGCCUCGGGGGUCGCCUGGGGACCGCCCCCGAGCCAGUACUCGGCAGGUGCCGUGGCGGGGCUGGCAGCCGUGGUGGCCUUCCUCAUCGUUUUCACCGUAGUGGGCAACGUGCUGGUGGUGAUCGCCGUGCUGACCAGCCGAGCUCUGCGUGCACCGCAGAACCUCUUCCUGGUGUCGCUGGCGUCGGCUGACAUCCUGGUGGCCACACUGGUCAUGCCCUUCUCACUGGCCAACGAGCUCAUGGCCUACUGGUACUUCGGGCAGGUGUGGUGCGGUGUGUACCUGGCGCUCGACGUGCUCUUCUGCACCUCCUCCAUCGUGCACCUGUGCGCCAUUAGCCUGGACCGCUACUGGUCCGUGACGCAGGCAGUCGAGUACAACCUGAAGCGCACGCCGCGCCGCGUCAAGGCCACGAUCGUGGCGGUGUGGCUCAUCUCGGCCGUCAUCUCCUUCCCACCACUGGUCUCACUCUACCGCAAGCCCGACGGCGCCGCCUACCCGCAGUGCGGCCUCAACGAUGAGACCUGGUACAUCCUUUCCUCCUGCAUCGGCUCCUUCUUCGCUCCCUGCCUCAUCAUGGGCCUGGUCUACGUGCGCAUCUACCGCGUUGCUAAGCUGCGCACACGCACGCUCAGCGAGAAGCACACGACCAAGGGCCCAGACGGCGCGUCCCCGACCGCAGAGAACGGGCUGGGGGCGCCGACGGGCGCUGGCGAGAACGGGCACUGCGCGCCCCCGCGCCGCCCGCGCGCCGACGUGGACCCGGAAGACAGCAGCGCGGCGGCGGAGAGGCGGCGGCGUCGGGGUGCGCUGCGGAGGGGCGGGCGGCAGCGUGCGGGAGGAGAGGGGGCCGCGGGUGGCGCGGAUGCGCUGGCUCCUGGGCCUGCGGAGCCGGGCGCGCUCGCCGCCUCGAGGUCCCCGGGCCCCAGCGCGCGCCUGUCUCGCGCCAGCUCGCGGUCCGUCGAGUUCUUCCUGUCGCGCCGGCGCCGAGCGCGGAGCAGUGUGUGCCGCCGCAAGGUGGCCCAGGCGCGCGAGAAGCGCUUCACCUUCGUGCUGGCCGUGGUCAUGGGCGUGUUCGUGCUCUGCUGGUUCCCCUUUUUCUUCAGCUACAGCCUGUACGGCAUCUGCCGGGAGGCCUGCCAGGUGCCCGACCCGCUCUUCAAGUUCUUCUUCUGGAUCGGCUACUGCAACAGCUCGCUCAACCCGGUCAUCUACACGGUCUUCAACCAGGACUUCCGGCGCUCCUUCAAGCACAUCCUCUUCCGACGGAGGAGAAGGGGCUUCAGGCAGUGACUGGCGGCGCCCCUCCCCCCGCCGCUCCGCGCGGCCGACCUGGGCCGCUCCGGGAGGAGGGAGCGGGCAGGCGUGGCUCCCAGGGAAACCUGGGUUAGAUUUCCUGGAGACCCAGGGAUGGGUCGGCCUCUAGGGCGCGGGGCAGGAGCGAGGGUCCGAGAUCCGAGGGCCCCCGGGAGAGGGGAGGAGAAAGGGAGACGCCUCUGCCUUCCCAUCUCAGCGAGGGGCCGCUGCUGGGGCUCCAGGCCUGGACUACCACCGGGCGCCCUGCCGGGUGUGGCUGUUGGGUUAGGUCUUAGACCGCAGCGGCAUUUGCGACCUUCCAAACGGGAGAGGAGGCCCCUUGGCGCACGCUGCCCCCCCAGAUCCACCUCCGCGAGUAAGGGCUGACCUCCCCAGGACCUGGAGGGGGUGGCGGUCUCGGGGCAGGAAGGAGGACGCUGCCGGGCUUUGGUUCCUGAAAGUAUUUACAUGUUUGCCAAAAAUGACAGCCCAAACUACCAAACUAUUUUCUAAAUAAACCUUUGUAAUCUACGU